AUGGAUAAACGAUCUAUUCUAGUAGAUGCACAAGCUUAUCUUCAGAAUGUACUGCAAGAGACAGAGAAAGAGUUGGAGAAAACCAGCUUAUCCUCAUCCUCCACUGCUUCUUCUGGGGAGUCAUCUUCUAUUACCCUUGAGGAUGAUGAAACUCCACCAUUAAUGGAAGCUUCUACAAAGGGUUAUGAUCGUAAUGCAGCUCUACCAACUAUAUCUAAGAUUGAAGCAUAUAUGAUGGAAAAAGAGCGAUUCCUAUUAAAGAUACGUUGCAACAAGGCAAUGGGAGCAAUGGGUCUGGUGCAAAGGGCAAUAGAAAUGCUGGGCUUGCAAAUUACAUGUUCUUCAAUUGAUGAGCUUGAUCAUGCCAACAUGUUGAUUACUACUUUCCUCCGUGUAUGUAUGGUUAAGAAAAAGGAAGGUGUGACCCAAGAAAAGCUAUUGCAUCAGGUGAGAACAAAUGCUGGAAAGUUGGGUCUUGUGCUUCAUCAUGAGGAUUCCUAGCUAGUACAUCUGAAGCAUUAUAAAUUUCAUAAUGCCUGGAUCCUUUUAUAAUGCCAUUUGCUUCUCAAUGAUUCCCAACGGUGACUCUUGAAGGACUCUAACAUAGGUAUCGAAUCUUAUAUUUCAAUAUCAA